CUGGUUGGGAACGCGGGUAAUAACAAUAAUAAAUGGAGUCGGAUUUGGUGGUCGCUCUUGGAGGAGAGCUAUCUGAAUACGAGAUUAACUUGUUGGUUAGGAACUUCAUAGAUACGCCAAAUAAAUUUAUGACCACAGAAUCGAGUAAACUUAGUGGGCUUAUUAAAAAACCAUUGGAUGCAAUUGGAGAGAUAAAAUUACAGUUAAUUAAGCGACAUAUCAAAUUUCAAACAUUGUACCAACGAAAUGAAGAUAUAAUGUCCAUAUCACAGUAUGGAACAGGAAUUGAGACAUUAGACAGAAUGCUGAAAAAUAUCCUGUUGCCACUGCAAGACAACCGUGUCUGGGAGCUUUGUGGAAUAAUUGGCACUGGAAAAACUGAAUUACUGUACACGUUGGCAGUAAAUUUUGUGUGUAAAUCCAAGUGCACUCAAGAGGUCCUAUUUAUUGACACAAAAAACGAUUUUUCGGUCAGGCGUGUUCAUGACAUACUACGUGAACGCAAACUAAACAAGGAUGAUAGGGAUAAUGCUUUACGGGCCAUCAAGGUGAUAGAAGUCCAUACAGAACUUACCAUUUUAGCAGUGCUUGAGGAAUUGUAUAAGAAACUAAGAGCUGAAAGGACCUCCCCAAAUAUUCGGCUUGUUCUGGUGGAUUCAUUGCCCGCAUGUAGGGUAGGCUUUAGCUCCGAUGAUGAGCGUUGGGAGAGCUGCUGUCUUCUAACUCAAUUAGCGUCACUCGUACGCAGAUUGGCGACACAGUACCAUGUCGCAUUUGUAAUAGGAAAUCUUUGUUUUUCUCAACAGGAUGAAAAUGUCAACCCGGAUACCUAUAACUACGGCUAUUGUGAUGAUUCGCAACCACAAACUUUGCAGCAAGAUCGACUGAUGUUGGGCCGUUACUGGAGCACGGUCAGCACACUGAGAUUGGCAUUGGAACAUCCACAGAACACUAAUUGUUCGGACGACGAUAUACGCCUAGUGAAGGUGCUGAAAAACUGCUACGGUCCCAGCGGUGAAACAUGUCUUGUUCGUAUCACAGAUGCUGGAGUCGUUUAAACAAAAGGAUAACAUAUUCAUUUAGAAUGCUGCUGCGACGCUGUUUGGUUGAGCUCUGCCUCCAAGAAUGGAUUACUAAACACCUCCCCUGCCUUUUUGCAACCAACGUUAGCUAAGACGGUAUUUGCGCUCGGCAAGGCUUUUUGGUUUUUCGCUAGUGGGGCGUUACUGCUUACAGAGGAGUAUUUAAAAUAAAUUUA